AUGGCUUGGGGUGGGAAUCGCGUUGCCGCGCCACUGCUGCAGCGCGCGGGGGGGAAACAGGGGUUCAGGGCGCGGCGCCGUCUUGUCAUGAUGACCUUCAACGCCAACCUGUCCUUGAACAGGGUGCUGGAGUUUUUGGAAGACGAGGUCCAUUCCGUCAUCGGCGAGGGGGAUGUCCCCAUCGAGGCCGCGCAGGGGCGCGGCAAGUCCUCCGACUGCCCGAUCAUCUCGGGCGCGGCCGAGGAGGCCAAGGGUUGGCGAGUUGCGGGGGCGCCAGCCGUCAGCGCUGCAGAGGGCGGGCGCUCAGCAGGAGUGGCCAUCAUCACGCGCUGCUGCCCAGCCUCUGGGCUGACGAGUUGGGGCAUUUCGCUCGAGGGAUGUGCAGGCAGACUCUGCCUUGGGCUCCCGAAGGCCCGUGCCACCGGCUGGUUCGCUAUCUUUUCGGUGUUCUUGUAG